AGAUACGGGCAGCAUUUAUAGUUAGAACUUGAGGUCGCUCAAAGUGACAGACGCAGGGCAUCGAACACGGAAACGAGCCAGCAGAAGGGCAAGCAUCGUGCUGGUUUCGUCGCUGGCGAUAUUGCGGUGGAAAGGGUAAUGGUGGUAUUGAUUGCAACGGAACUUGACCGCGCAAACUCUCUGUCUGCCCUCAAUGAAAUGACGUGCUUACGUAUGGAACCACGACGGACGGGACGACGAUAAAAACCUGUGGAUACCACACCUGGCCGACACCUGCCAGUUGAAACGGUGAUGAUGACAUCGACCCUCUGCACCUGUACAUGGCUGCUGCUACCCUGCUGCGUUCUCAUCACCCUCUCCACUGGUGAACUGAAUUUUUAUCGAGAUGAACUCGCUCUCAGGCAAUUGAUGAAGUACUUCGAGGGGCAGAGAUCCCAUUUUCUCUCGCUGUUGGCGAACCAAGCUCACAAGAAGCAUCGUCUGGACUUGGAUCGCCAAAAGGAGAGGGAUCUCCUCGAGGCUCUGAUCAACAAAGGCAGCUUCCAGGCCGAAACCCUGAAGAAAGGAAGACCGAAAGGAUGGAAUUAUCGGCAAACCCGAUACAACGAGCCGAUCAAUGAACUACCGCGGGAGAGGGAACGUUAUUUUUGGGAGUAUUCAAGCUAUAAGUUGCCUCAUUUCGCCCGCGAGAUGAACGAGGAAGAUGGGACGAACUUCCAAGACGACGACUACGGAUACGAUCAGAAUCCAUUGUUGAAACACUUGUCUUACAACGAGGUCAACUUCGACAGGGGAAUGAAGGAGGAACCGCUGGAAUUUCACGGAAGUUACGACGAGGAGGACGGCAAAGCCGAUGUGCAGACGCAAAAGCUGCAAACGACCACUCCGUAUUUCAGUUUCGACUCGAAUCUGCACGAGAGAUAUCAGUUCGCGGUGAAGCCCGAUGAUCCGAGAUAUUAUCAGGACGGUCCUUUUUUCGUAGAUGACGAAGGCAACUCGGAUCUGGAGGAAGCGACGAUGAAUAGUACAAAGCGGGAGGAAGAGGAUACAAUGAUAGGGAACGUACACGUGGUGCAACAGGAAAAUCCGAGGAACAUGGACUCGAAGUUUAAGGACACUUCGGUGAUUCUGAUACCAGAAUUGGAACGACGCACGGAGUACAGUCCAAUGUUUGUGCCUGUGAACCAGGAUUUGAAUAACGAUAUAUAUUUUAUUGGUUAAAGCGAGGUGCCAAAGCGGCUGCUGACAUAGAAUAUCCAGCUUACGGUGUGACUGGCCCAAAUAAAGAGGUAUCACCUUCAGGAGACCAAAGGCUCGCGCAGUCUGCUCAAAUGUAUCAUUUCCAACACCAGAAACAACAAAUCAUUGCCAUGGAAAAAGAGUAUUGCGUGGAUAAUGAUUUGUGUAGUCGUGUUUCUGCAACCAGAGAUCCAGGCUCUGUAUCUGAAGCAGAAAGCGAGGAAGAAAACGAGGAAGGGGACUACACCGUUUACGAAUGUCCAGGAUUAGCUGCUACCGGUGAAAUGGAGGUGAAGAACCCGUUGUUUCAUGAUGAUCCAACACCGGCAACACCAGCACAAACUAACAAAGAAGAGGACCAUAUAUAGUUUGAGUAAAUUCUAAAUAUAUUUGAUUUGAAUACCUUUGUCUGGUGCUUAGCUCACUGUUAAUGUACCAUAUCGGAAACAUUUAUCUAUAUAUCGAAAUGUACACGACUUUAAUAUUUACAUGACGCGGGAAGUCAAGAUAGAAAGUUAACUAAAAAAGAUCUGAUUGCGAGACCAUUUUUUGCGUUUUGUGCAAGGGUUUACCACAUGAAACGAUGAACAUUCCACGUCGUUAAAAACUAUCGUGUUUGUUUGAAAACACAUAUUUUUUAACUCCAUGAUGUACUAUAGUUUGUACUUUCAUAGCAAGUACGGUUAGCCAUAUGAUUGACAUUAUUUUUCUACUCACCGUUACACUUGCAACAUAGAGUACAGAUUGGAGGUCAUAUAUUAUAACUAUAACGUCUAAUAUCACUUUAUACCUGAUCCUAAUUUUUAAAUAUAGAGAUAACGUUUGUUGCAUGCUCCCAGCAAGUUUUCCUUUCUCUGCUUUAUCAAUGACUAUCGAUUAAUUAAUUGUCUAUCGAGGAAACGCAUUGGUUUCUCUAUUAACACUAUAUUUGAAUUACGUGCGGCUUACGCUGUAAUUUUAUGAAUUUAUAUU